GGACCAGUCCUUGUCCAGAUGCACAGCACACUCACCUUCUCCUCAGUGACACCUCUUCAGCUCCGCUUCCUUGAAAACCAAGAUGAGCCAUACUCCAGUUGAACAGUCCGUGAUGGACUUGAUCGUCCUGUUCCACAAAUACACCAAACCUGAUGACAAGAUUGACAAGCGGGGCCUGCUGAAGAUGCUGAGGGAGAAUUUCCCUAACUUCCUCAAGGCUUGUGAAAAAAAGGGCAAACAUUUCUUGGCCCAUAUCUUUGAGGACGAGGACAAGAAUCACGAUAAGAAGAUCGAGUUUUCUGAGUUUCUGUCGGUGUUGGGAGUCAUAGCCACGGACUACCACAUUGGGCGAUAUCUUUGAGAACAAGGACAAGAACAUGGAUAAGAAGAUCUCCUUUAUUGAGUUUCUGUCGGUGUUGGGAGUCCUAGCUGUGGACUACCAUGAUAAUAGCCACGGAGCCCCACUCUGUUCUGGUGGGGGAGGACAGUGAGUCCAGCCCAGCCUGAGGCCUCCAGAAACCAAAGGAAACAAUAAAGUGUCUCUUUUGCCCAGA